AUGGAGUACGGCAUGCGUGUACGAGCUGGUGAUAUGCGAGACAAGACAAGCAACGACGAAGAUCGAUGGACGAAACAAGACCGUGGCGGUAUCGUGGCCGGUGGUGUCGAGUGUGCUCCCCGGAGACGUCUGUUGCUAGAUGGUGGGAGGUUGGACGUUGGGUUCUGUUGGGCGAAGAUUCUCCUGCAUUACGUCGUUCGCGCCUCCCCUCCGUUUAGGCACCUGCCCUAUGAAAACGUCGACCUUUUCAUUGGCCUCGCCAAAGCGGCCUCCGUUUCGGGCUCUCCGCACAGUUUUGAUACUGCGCCACGACUCACCCAAGCGUCGCCCAUUGGUAUUGAAGCAAAACGGCUGCAGAGGUCGACAGAGUGUAGCCAGACACCGACGGUCCUUUGCGUCGUCAUUUUGCUUGGCUUGCAGCUGCCGCCUGUCGUAGCGGCCUCCUGCGUGGCUGUGGUGGGCAUGGACGGGUGA